AUGGUAAGAGCCACGCUGCUUGUAUCAAAGUUCUGCGGUGUCGUCCAGCAGAAAGAAUCAGACACAUCAGCAUCCAGUUGUGUUUCCUUCAAGAGUGACUGGUCUAUGGAUCCACCACUCAAAUUAAGGGUUGAACCUUGUUCUUCUGGAAGUGGUGUCGUCCAGCAGGAAGAAUCAGACACAUCAGCACCCAGUUGUGUUUCCUUCAAGAGUGACCAGUCUAUGGAUCCACCGCUCAGUGCAUUCUGCAAGCAAUUCAGAGCGAACCUUGGGCGCCGAUUUCAGCUGCUAUCGGAUGGUCUGCAAAGCCAUGGGCAGUCAACCCUCCUGAACGACAUCUACACUGAGCUCUACAUCACGGAGGGAGGAACUGGAGAAGUCAACAAUGAGCAUGAAGUGAGGCAGAUCGAGAUGUCGACCAAGCUACACCAAUUAGAAGAAGACAAGUUAAUCAAAUGCAAUGACAUCUUCAAGCCCUUGCCGGGACAACACGGCCACAUCAGAACUGUCCUGACAAAGGGAGUCGCUGGAAUUGGAAAAACAGUGUCUGUCCAGAAAUUCAUCCUGGACUGGGCUGAAGGCAAAGCCAAUCAGGACGUCGACUUUAUCAUUCCACUUCCUUUCAGAGAGUUAAACCUGAUGAAAGACCAGCACUUCAGCCUGGAAGGUCUCGUUCAUUGUUUCUUUCCUGAACUAAAGGGAGUAAGGUUUAGUACCAUCGCCAAGCGUCGCAUCGUGUUCAUCUUCGAUGGUCUGGACGAAUGUCGUCUACCUUUAGAUUUUCAAAACUGUUCACUUGUACAUGAUGAAACUUGGACAACAUCUGUAGAUGGUUUGUUGGUAAACCUUAUGAAGAAGAAUUUGCUCCCGUCUGUGCUCAUUUGGAUGACCACUCGUCCAGCCGCGGCCAGCCAGAUUCCUGCCGAAUGCAUUGAUCAGCUCACUGAGAUCCGAGGCUUCAAUGACCCUCAGAAAGAAGAAUAUUUCAAGAAGAAAAUCAGUGAUCAGAACAUGGCCAACAAAAUCAUCAAGCACCUAAAGCUGUCAAGGAGCCUCCACAUCAUGUGCCACAUCCCGGUGUUUUGUUGGAUUUCCGCCACUGUUCUGGAGAAGAUGUUUAGAGACGCUGAAGAUGCGGCGGUUCCCAGGACUCUCACUCAGAUGUACACCCACUUUCUCAUCAUUCAGACGUCUGUCAGAGAGAAGAAAUAUCCUCAGACUCAACACGGUGACAAAGAGAUGAUUUCCAAACUAGGCCAACUCGCCUUCAAACAGUUGCUCAAGGGCAAUCUCAUCUUCUACGAAGAAGACCUGAGAGAGUGCGACAUCAACGUUGAGGAUGCAGUCACAUAUUCAGGAGUUUGCACACAGAUCUUCAGAGAGGAGUUUGAACUACUUCAUGGUCAGGGAAAGGUCUUCUGCUUUGUUCACUUGAGCAUCCAGGAACAUCUCGCAGCUUUGUAUGUUCACCUGACCUUCAGUGAAGGAAACAAAUCUGUGCUUAACCAGUGGAAUCCAACCAAGGGUGCUAAUACGUUUCAGUGUUCGUCCAUGGCCGACCUUUACAUGAGCGCUGUGAAUAAAGCCCUGCAAAGCCAAAAUGGACAAUUUGACAUGUUCCUUCGCUUCCUUCUUGGUUUGUCUCUAGAGACCAACCAGGUUCUCCUGCAGAUCCUGCUUUCUCAGAAAUCUGCUUAUAGUUCCAUAAGCGUUGCAGAUACGACUGACUACAUUAAGUUGCGGCUCCGAAAUAAUCUGACUCCAGAAAAAUACAUCAACCUGUUUCACUGCCUGAACGAGCUCAAUGACUUCUCUCUAGAGGAGGAGAUACAACGCUUCCAGAAAUCCAGGCGCCUCUCCAAGACCAAACUCUCCACGUCACAGUGGGCCGCUCUGGUCUUCGUCCUGCUUACUUCAGGAAGUGAGCUGAACGUCUUUGACCCCUGGAAAUACACCACUGAUGAUGUAGAAGAAUGUCUUCAUAGAAUGUUUCCUGUUCUGAUGGCAUCAAGGGCAGCUGAGGUCAGUCUUGAUAAACUCUCAGACAAAGGCUUUCAAGCUCUGGCCAAAUCCAUCAGUUCAGCGUCUACAUGUAUCAGAGAACUGAAACUCAGCGGGACCCCGCCACAGUCUGGCAUCAAAAUACUUUCAGAGGGUCUCAAAGAUCCACACUGUAAACUAGAGAUACUGAGGUUGUCAGGCUGUAAUGUUACAACAGAAGAUUUCAGAUUACUGGUCUCAGCUCUUAAUUCCAACCCUUCACAUCUGAAAGAGCUCGACCUGAGCUUCUGCUUUUGGAAAGAUUUCGGAAUGUUGAUGCUUAGAGAAUUUCUGAAGAAUCCACACUGCAGGCUGGAGAAAUUAAAGCUGGUUGACUGUGGACUGAAAAGUGAAAGCUGUUCAGACCUGGCUGCAGCCCUGAGCUCCAACUCCAGCCUGACCGACCUGGAUUUAAGUACAAAUGAUCUUAGAGACUGUGGAAUAAAGGUGCUCUCUUCUGGACUGAAGAAUUCAUCCUGCAAACUGAGAAGUCUUAGCCUGGCGAACUGUAGAAUCACUGAGAUAAGCUGCCAAUCACUGUGUACAGCUCUGAUAUCAAACCCAUCGUACAUCCGUGAGCUUUGUCUGAAUAUGAACAAGUUCGGCGACGGUGGAGUGCAGAUCAUCUCAGAUUUUCUUGAAAUGCCCUCCUGUAAACUGAAGAAACUAAGCUUGUCAGACUGCAGUAUCACUGAAGGUGCUGCUGCACUGGUCUCAGCUCUUGAACUGAACCCAUCACACCUCAGAGAGCUGGAACUGGACGGAAACAAACUAGACGCCUCUGUAAAGAAAAAACUCUCCGAUCUACAACAGCAUGAAGGCUACAGACUAGAAAAAUUAAAGUAA